AUGAACAAUCCUCCCGUCGACUUAUCUGACCCGCCCAACUCUUUACCAGUAUUCACUCAUCCGAACCGAGGUCCCGAUGUCGCCGAGGUCAUCAGCUUGACCACCCACCCUCUUGUACCUGGUCGAGAAGGGAACAUUUACCUGCUAUGCGGUAGGGGUGAUGCCGCUACCAUGCAGAAAGUUCUCGACAGGGCCGUUCGAUCGCAAUGCCCUUCCACCGCGGCAAACGCAACAGCAGAAGGCUAUUUCAUGGUGAAGGCACGCGACGAGCCAAGAUUUCUAUGGAGGAACAUGGACGGGGACCAGGAUCCCAUGAAAGAUGUAUUGGUGCUGUGGAGCAAAGCGGGGGACAAGCACGACGCAGAAACCCUCAAGCUCCUCAGAGACGCAAGAGACAGACUUCAUGGCGAUCUCGAUGCCACUACCGCAGACAAACCAACAUUCGAUGCUGCGACCAAAUCGUAUUCGGGAGGUCUGGCUUUCGAACGUAACACUGCCGCGGUACCCUUGGACGACAUGAAACGGGCAUAUCCCCUCACCAUUUCUCAUCAAAUCGCGCGCGACAUGGACGCGCCCCACAAAGCCAGGAAAACGGACGGAAAGACUCUCGAUGAUCACGCUCGCCUGGUUCGCGAUAUCGUCCGAGCGGGCGUACUAGCGGGUAUCGGAGGCCUCGAAGACGGUUCGAAGGAUCUGGCGAACGCGAUAGCAGCCAGAAGCGACUACCUCAAUGUCCCUCGAAUCGGCGAUUACCGUAACGCCUACUUCCCUGCCGUCCAACUCAAUAUAUCCACGGCGGUGUCAGCGGACGACAACUCGGACACUUAUAACUUUGUUUCCAAAUACCGAAUCAAUCGACGUCUUGUUAUUCUUCUCUCCGGCAUCCUUGGCCAUGUCUUUCCACCUCCCGUCCCACCCCAUCCCGAUGGUAUCGAAACGACACGGCGGUCGCAAUCAGCCACCAGCCUCCGGGACGUACUUGGCCCGUUCGGAGGCAACCACGUCGAUUGCGGCGAUUCGGCUGGAGGCAUUACAGCUAUGACCAAUAUGAGUUUCCCUCACCCGGACGUCGAGCCCGAAAUCAUGUACUUCGGAGACUACAAGGUGGCGAUCGUCAUGGAGGAAUUCGACACCAACCUUUUUAACGGACUUCACUGUCAUGGCGCGGUCAUUUCUCGAUACAACACCACCCGGACCCUCCUUCGCCCCUAUCAUCGGAACAUGAUCAUUUGCUACUCCCCCAGCAAGUCGUUCGAUGUUCCAGGCUCUUCUGCGCAGGGUUCUCUCCCGACCGCGAUAGGGAAGGAGCGAGUUUGGCAAAUCGCGAGUGAAAUGAAAGAUUGGGGAAUCGUACCAGCGAUCGGCAAGCACGCGUCGGGACAAGCAUCAUUCGGAAUCGACGGCGAGGCUGGACUCUCGGGCGAGGCACACUUUGAACAUUUCGUCCGCGCCAUGUUACAGUUCAACGCCUACAUCGUCAAUCAGUUUCCAUCGCACUAUCUCAUGCGAAUCGACAAAGACAAGUUUCUGAGCGCGUUCUCGUUCGUUAACGAUGAAGGCAUUCGAACUGGCUGUAAACCGUGGAAUCUGGGACCAGGGUGGACAGGGGCGGACACGACCAUUGGAACCAAAUACACCCAAGACCUCCGUAACAUGCCAGCCGACCAACUCCUUCGACUACACAAUUCAGACACCAUCACAAACACUCGAUACGGCAAUACGCAAGUCGCUCAGCACGUUGCGGCGUGGAACCGUCACCUUAAAGCCCAGAGCAUCACGAUCCCACUCUGCGUUGCCUCAGAUCUGUCUGGAAUCAAUGACGCCCAACCGAACCCGACCCUUCGAAGAAAUGUCACCAAGUCCAUUCGCAAAACAGCGGCAACGCAUUCAACCGUCGUCGUGUCCCAGGCUCCAGCUGGAAGCAGCGCGUCCGGCGGGCACAGUGGUACUAAUGACGACGGGAAAACGGAUGGAAGGACGAGCGACGGUCGAUCGGCCAGGGCCGGACAGGAAGCAUCGAGUGACGAAGUGAGGAAGAACAAGAAGAAUAAGAAAGGGGAAAAGGAGAAGAAAGAUGGCGAUCGGACCGGGAAAGGGAAGGGAAAGGGGAAAAGGGCAGCGGCUUGGGAUGCGUAUACCACGAGUGACGCGGAAGAGGACGCGGACUCGUCAGAGGAGGUGAUCCGCCCCAAGCGUAUAAGACAACACCGGAACACGGCAACAGCUGUCAGCCAAGAGGCGCACCGUCCAUCCGCCAACGACGAACGCGAGGGCGGCGAACGCCAUCCAGUGGGAGACGAAUGUGGUCGGAGCGAGAGAGACGGCCCGCAAGACGUAGCCGCGAUUGCUGGGAGGAUAUGCAACAGGAACCUCGUCGAGAACGCCAACGUCGAGAUCGAGCUAUGCAUACAGGAACGCAAGGACACCUCUGGAACGCUUUCUCUCGUCGAAGAACUAUUGACGGACCUUUGCCAGCUGCUACGCACGAACGAUAUCCUGGGGGUUUGGAGAUUGCACUCGCGACUCGGUGCCAAGCAGCGAUUGUUCGACGUCAGCGCCGUUUGCCACAGAGGGCUCGCUCUUAUGGUCAACAUGGUGUCAUGGCAGUGGCUACGUCGAUCGAUGGAGAAGGAGUACGCAGCAUUCCGGAACAAAGAGGACACCUGGAUGGCAGCCUUUAUCUCAAAGCUCGACACGUUUGUUUCGAACCCGAAGAAGGAGCUCAAGUUGCACGCGAAGGAGUUGUUUCCGAACAUGGUUCACUCGGACAAGACACACGUCCUCGCACCACUCAAGCGGAGAGUGUUCAUCACGGAGAGCCUGGACGACUACAUUCUACUCAUGGAACCCAUCUUAUUGGACUGGUUCGAGUUCCCCCAAUCCCCCACUAAUCGGGUGAGGGCCGAAUUCUGCGAGGUGGUGGUGGAACAGUUGGGCGCAUGGGCGCUUUUCCUUCCCGAAAUAGGGUCUAUUUGCCACGAUAUCAAGACCAUCACAGCAGGGAAAACCGGUCGGUUCCCGUCCCAGAAAGUGAACACUUGGGUUCAGAGUCUUCGCCCGGCACUGCAGGCGAUCGCCACCCCAGAGACAAAGGACUCGAUAGAGGAGUUUGGGGGGUUAUUGGAGACGUUUUCCCUGGGCCACCUGUCAGCGAGCGUGUUGGACCAGGUGUAUGCUAGUGCAGCGCCUGACCGAACGGCACUCGAUAACCGUGGAGGUGUCGACAAAGAAGCCGUAUUCCACUUCCUUCGACAAAUCGAGUUGUUGCUACCCCUUAUCGACCGUCCUCACGACGCCGCACCCCCGUCACUCGAGGACGGAGACAGCCAGGGAGGAAGUUCCAUCACUAAAUACGUGAAACACGUGCGCGACAACGGAGACAAGAAACUGCCAUUCCGAGACCUGGCGCCAUCCAGGCGACGUGUACUCGAAGGAGACGGACCGUUCUCAACCAGCCAUCUUCGAACGAGGGCCGGACUGUUUAGCGCAGCGAUACACAGAGGGGUGACCCAUAACACCCCUUUUUUGAUCGAACACUCGGAGAUAUAUUUCGAAGACGCCACCCACUUUCGCGCACGAAUCCAGGCAUAUCCAGACCGACCACGCUCGUUCUUUUGCAACCCAUCCGCGUACGGCGCCAGAGCAAAUCGGACAGUCGAUGUGGCCGAGUCGCUGUGGGACGCAACUGGCGAGAGUGCGUGUAAUAGUUGGUUGCUCGGAGGACCCUCCGACACCGUCACCUUCCAAACGUUGUGGGGACUGUUCAGCACCGCCAAAUUUCCGACUUUCGGACCCUUGACAGCAUACCUGCUCGCAGGAGACUACGCGAUCGCCGGCAUCGUACCCAUGCCAUCUUUUGAGGAAAUGGCGGCUACCGUCAUCUCCCUCAACAAAGGCGCUUUAAAAGGACUUCGCUCACUCGGGUAUAGCUGCACCGACCAGCCAUCCACGUCGUCGGCUCUUCAGGAAGUUGACGCAGAGAUUAUUCGCGCAUUCAGCGCAGAGGUUCGGGAAAAGAUGAAGUACAACAUAUUCGUACUGGAACAUAUGCUCUGCAAAUAUGGUAGAUUGUCAACUAGGAUGUACAGCGCCACCAUGUAA